AAAGUUAAUCAAAAUGAAACUUGAAGCUUGCUGGGAUGGCCCCUGCAUCCCGGAAGACCAAGGGAAAGGUGGACAGGAAAGGCAGCGGAAAUUCCUUCCUUGGCUUUUGACUUUCGGCUCCUUCCUCCGGAGUUGGUGGCCACUGCUGCUGCCUCUGCUUUUGGGAAUGGUGGCCCUACUGCAUUGCUGCUGGCUGAGAUCAUCCAGGAGAACAUCUGGGAUUCAGUAACUCAGAAGGCACCAUGAAAAACUGGAUUCUUCUGUGCACCUUACUGUUGAUGGGUGAGACUCUUCCUGCUCGGGUGCAUCGCACGCGCAGGGAACUGGCACCUGGAUUGCACGAACAGGGGAUACGGGAUGCAGAAGGCUCAUACUGUGGCCGGCAAGAUGCUUGUUGCCACGGGAGAGAUGAUGCCUGCACUGUCCCCUACUUUGAUACCCUUUGCUACUGUGACCUCUUCUGCAACCGAACCAUAUCUGAUUGUUGCCCUGAUUUUUGGGAAUACUGCUUGGGCAUCGAACCACCUUAUCCAGUGCAGAAAGGUUGCAUUCGCAAUGGUGUCAAGUUCCAUGCUGGAGCAACUUACCGUGAUAAUUGCAACCUCUGUACUUGUAAUGGGCAUGGCACAUGGGAGUGUGAAAACCGCGUCUGUCUUAUCAAUGGGGACAUGAUCGAUGCCAUCAACAGAGAAAAUUAUGGCUGGAGAGCUUCUAACUACAGCCAGUUCUGGGGGAUGACACUGGAGGAAGGCAUUAGGUAUCGCCUUGGCACCAUCAAGCCUUCCACAUCUGUCAUGAAUAUGAAUGAACUUCAUAUCAACAUGGCCACCAAUGAAGUGCUCCCUCCACAUUUCAAUGCUGCUGAUAAGUGGUCCGGGAUGAUCCAUGAGCCUCUGGAUCAAGGCAACUGUGGGGGAUCAUGGGCCUUUUCCACAGCAGCGGUGGCCUCUGACCGGAUCUCGAUCCACUCCAUGGGACACAUGACACCCGCCUUGUCCCCCCAGAACCUGCUGUCUUGCAACACUCGCCACCAACAAGGUUGCAAUGGAGGCCGUGUGGACGGGGCCUGGUGGUUCCUGCGCAGGAGGGGGGUGGUGACCGAUGAAUGCUACCCCUUUACCAGCCAGGAAAAUGAGAGCUCAUUCGCCAGUCCACCUUGCAUGAUGCACACCCGAUCCACUGGCAGGGGGAAGAGGCAAGCCACAGCACGUUGCCCCAACUCACAAACGGAUUUCAAUGAGAUCUACCAAUCCACACCUGCAUAUCGUCUCUCCUCAAAUGAGAAGGAGAUCAUGAAGGAGUUAAUGGAAAAUGGACCUGUGCAAGCCAUCAUGGAAGUGCAUGAAGACUUCUUUGUGUAUCAAAGUGGGAUUUAUCAGCAUACUCCUGUAGCAGCUGGGAAGCCAGAACAAUACCGACAACAUGGAACCCAUUCUGUCAAAAUUACUGGAUGGGGAGAAGAACAGAAGCCGGAUGGGUCAAAAUGGAAAUAUUGGAUUGCAGCCAACUCCUGGGGCAAGGCGUGGGGUGAACACGGCUACUUCCGCAUAGCCAGGGGGACCAAUGAGUGCGAGAUCGAAUCCUUUGUGGUGGGCGUCUGGGGCCGUGUUGGAAUGGAAGAUAUGCACCACAAGAAAUGAGCAGAUUGGACCCUUGAGCCUUGCAUUGUGAUAACAGGAAGAAUUUCUUUCCUUCUGUUGGCCCUAUGUUUUCUUCUCCUCAAAGCAUCUGGCAUCUAGGACAGUCACAGGACAUGACUACUGUGGGUUUGGCCUCCAAAGACAGCAGCCUUUGUCUCUGUUCUGGCUGAAGCCUAGAACUAUCAUGUGGAUUUGGGAACAAAAAAGGCUUUGGAGGAUCCUUCCUCAGAUGGUGGGGGAAAGAAACCUGAGAACUUCUGAAACGGCUACCAAAAUGCUACAGUUUCUUGAAAAGGACCAAGAGAAGAUAUCCAGUAUGACAUUUUGUUAUGUAUAGCUCACAUACCCACAAUCAAAGGAACCUGGAGAUAUCAGAAGCAAACCUUGCCAGGAUUCCCUACCAAGGAUGGAAAGUUGCAGAUAAUCUGAAGAAGCCUGCUGACUGGGAGACCAACCAACAUAUUUUUUUUGUAGUCCUUUCUGUGAUCUACCUUACAGAACCUUCUUGAAAACGAUGACGUCUCUGGUUGACCUUCCCCAGAGGCAACCAUGGUAAAAUAAAGAGUUGUCAUCCUCUUGGGCCAAAUUUUCAAGCAUCUCAGGUAGUACAUCUAUGGAUGAGUGGAUUUUUAGUCCUAGCAGGCAUGUCUGUAGCUAUGGCCACCAAUUCCAAAAUGGCAGAUGAACUAGAUGAAAGAAACCUUGCCUCGUUUUAUGUGUCUUCAAUGUGUCCUAAGAUUUCCAAGAAUGGCUAUAUAGGUUGAAAUCAACCCAUUGGGAGAGAGGCCAGAUUGAGGGAGGCUGGCUUAGCCUUGACUCUCUGUCAACAUGAAACAAGUUCUUUCUUGCCCAUCCUAUCUUAGAACGUGGAAUCACAGGGCUGAGAAGAGACCUUAGAGGUCUCCUAAUUUAACCCCUACUCAAGGCAGCAAUCAAAGCGAAGUGAGUAUCUCUGAUACCCUUUAGACAGCAUCAGCCUUCCUCCAACAGUUCUUCUCAGCUAGGUUGGAUUUCCGAGCCCCAUAAUUUCCAACAUAGCCAUCUAUGGACAUCAAGGCACAAAUCUCCAGAGAGCCCCAGGAUGAGGUCAAGCUGCCUUGUGUGUCCACAACAAUGGAAGGAGUUUCUUCCUGUGUUUCUUGAGCUUCCUUGUUCAGCCCACCAUGAGGUAUGGCUGCUCCAAAGACAAUGCAAUUCCUUCCCAGCUCCAGAAGCUGAGUGCUUUGCCAAAGUCCUUCGCUUGACUUUCCAAGCCCAAGCUGAAAUCAACCCCCAGGCCAUCUGUUAUAGGUCCAUCUAAACUGGAAAAAUAGGAGGAAAUUCUACUCCUCCUAUCUCCUCUGCCUGGUUUCAGUUCCCAUGGAUUUUGGGUUUUUUUUCCCCAUUUCCCUGCCGCAUAGCCAGACACCAACUUUUGCUGAGUCCGAUGACUUGGUGCACCAUUCCGAUGGCUCUGACCCCUAGUGAAAACUUUUACCUCCUGCCCAAAGCCACUCUCAGGUUACCCCGCUGCCUUUCCUCUUUUUCUUUCUUUUUCUUUUUUCCCCUUUUGGCUUUUGAUGCCUGUCUCUGCACCUUCCGUGCUGGCGUGAGAGUCUCUCGCGGCUAAGCCUCCCUUGGCUUAGCGCCCCUUUGUUGAGAACUUAAGGCUGUUGAAAAGGGGAGGCCUUCAGCCAGCCAGGCAGGUUGGUUUUGUGUCCCAUUCUGCAAGCUUUGCGAGAGCCAGUGUAAACACCGGGCGGCUGCCAUUGGUGUGAAAGAAGUGGAAAAAAGC